UCCUGUGCACCUCCAGCUGUAAGUGUGUCGGCUGCAUGAACUUCCAGGACGACUCCGACCCGGGCCCAACAGAACCCCGCGCCGAGGUCCGGCCCACGGGCGCCGAGGAGGAGGUCACCGAGGUCACCGGCAGGUGGCCUGUGUCCGUGGUCACCCCCUCCGUGGUGGCGGCGGUGAGGGGCUGCCUGCUGACCCGGGCUCAGCUGGCGCAGUGCGAGGCCCGGAGCGCCGCCGAGGCGGAGCGGAUGGUCCUGGAGGAGUUCGGCCACUGCCUGUCCCAGGUCGCCACGGCGAUGUUCAAGUAGAGCGCGCUCACCAGAGGGCCUCGUCUGUUGACUCAGAUGAGUUCUCCUUCUCAUGGGUUAUACUUCUAAAUUAUUGUUUUUAUUUAUUCUUCUGGAUUCAGAUGUUGUUAUACUUCUAAAUUAUUUAUAAAUAUGUA